AUGAUAGGCCACGCCAAUAAUGUUUCUAAUAUCCAGAGUCCGGCUGACUCCGUCGAGUUCGAGGUACCAGAUAACUUUGUCAAUUACACCUUGAAGAAGUCGAAGGCCCUUCCGCCGAUUUCUUGGAAUAACUGGUGGCGAGAGCUCAAUUACCUCAAUCUCGCUGUUGUUGGCUUCCCCCACGUUGUCAUGUUGUAUGGUUUGUUUACCACAAAACUGCGGUGGCAGACUGCUCUGCUCGGUAUUCUGUACUAUCUGUUCACGGGUCUUGGCAUUACGGCGGGGUAUCACCGCCUAUGGUCGCACCGCAGCUACAAUGCUACUAGACCCCUCGAAUACCUCCUCGCUUUAGCAGGCUCUGGUGCCGCCCAAGGCUCCAUCAAAUGGUGGUCACGAAAACAUCGUUCGCAUCAUCGCUACACGGACACUGACCUCGACCCUUACAAUGUUCAAAGAGGACUCGUCUGGGCUCACAUUGGUUGGGUCAUAUUCAAGCCACGCAUCAGGCCCGGUUCUGCCGACAUCAGUGACCUCAACAGGGACGACGUUGUUCGGUGGCAACACCGACGAUACAUUUGGCUGAUGAUGAUUAUGAGCUUUGGUGUGCCGACGUUGAUUGCGGGGCUGUGGUGGGGAGACUGGAGAGGAGGAUAUGUAUAUGCGAGUGCGGUAAGGAUGUGUUUCGUGCACCACAGCACCUUCUGCAUCAAUUCGCUUGCGCAUUAUCUCGGGGAUGCGCCAUUCGACGACAAGCACAGUCCCAAGGAUCAUUUCAUUACGGCCUUGGUCACUGUCGGAGAAGGUUAUCAUAAUUUCCAUCAUCAGUUCCCCAUGGAUUAUAGAAAUGCGAUCAAGUGGUACCAGUACGACCCGACGAAGUGGUUCAUUUGGGUUUGUAGCAAGCUGGGAUUGGCGUCCCAUUUGAAGACGUUCCCUGACAAUGAAGUGAAGAAGGGAGAGCUCACCAUGCAGCUCAAGCGAUUGCGAGAGACUCAAGAUGGGAUUUCUUGGCCUGAACAAGUUGACCAUCUACCCAUCGUCUCUUGGCGAGAGUUCCAGGAGCAAUCUAUAAACAGGCCACUUGUCCUCAUUGCCGGCUUCAUUCACGAUGUCAACUCAUUCAUUGAGGAGCAUCCGGGCGGGAGACACAUGUUAGCCAAAUACAUCGGAAAGGACGCAACCACCGCUUUUUUUGGCGGAGUGUAUGAUCAUUCGAAUGCGGCUCAUAACUUUUUGUCAAUGAUGCGUGUAGGGGUCUUGGCUGGUGGCCAACCUCAUGCCCUUGAGGACAAAUUUGUCCCGCCAUCGCAACGGCUGCGUAUAGCUCGGAUUAGCGAACUUUCUAGCCCAUAUACGUCGACGGAUGGAGAAUCCAUAUUUCCUUGA